AUGCAGCUGGGGAAGAAAGACUUCUGUCUAGGGGUGCUGUUAGUCGCUGAGUGUGCUUUUCAGCUGCUGCAGCUCCAGGAUGACAUCAGAAGACAGUGCAAGCUCGAAGGUGGUGGUGAGGAGGACGAUGUAGAAGCACAUCUACGACAGAACAGGGAGGCGCUCAUGAACUCGCUGUGGAAACUGAAUGUGGUAGACAUUGAGAUCACUCUGGUUCAUGUCUGUCAAAUGGUGCUUCAAGACAGCCAUGUGAGAAGGGAAGAGCUCAAGACGAGGACCGUUGCUCUGAAAAAUCUAGGGAGAGUUUUUCAGAGUCAAAAGUUGAAUCAAAAUGGUGGAACAUCAAAGAAGAAAGUUAAAGAUGAGAGCAGCUCUGAUAGUAGUGAUGAUGAGGACUCUCACAGACCACUCAAUUACAAAACACCUCUUGUUACACAGGGCAUAGAAGGACUCUUCAGGUGUCUCUGUAACCUGGUGUUCGACGUUGAUGACGACGAAAUUGUGUAUAGGGGAAGAUGA